AUGGCGAGCACGGCUCUCCCGCUUGUCUUGGCGAGCAUGGCUCUCCCGCUUUGUCCUGGUGAGCACGGCUCGGCCCCUGUUUGGUGGACGGCUCGGAGUAUAGACGCCGAGGCGUUCCCAAAGGGUGCUGAGGAUGCCGAGGCAUUUCGAGAGGGUGCUGAGGACGCCGAGGUGUUAAGGGCGAGGCGAUUCUGUUUAGUAAUGCCGCUCCGACGAUUCGCUAGAUUGCCGAGCCGCGUAGAUGCCGAGGUGAGAGGUACAACAGAAUCCUCCGAGGCGUCUGUUUCACCGAGCCCUUCCAAUUGUUCAUCUGACGAGACGUCAAAUCAUGCAAAUCCAUCAGAUGUUGGCUCUCCGGAUGACGAGCCGUCGGUUUCGACGAGCCGUCCCCAAGAUCCCGUUCCUGGUGAAGAUAUUAAUCGCGCUGCAGUCAAAGCCGAGGAGGAGGCAUUUCCCUUUGACCUACUCGAGGCGAAGCGUGAGUUGGAACGUCUCAUGGCGUCCCGAGGCGCUUCCACAUCUGGGCGAGGGCCACGAGUUAAGAGACAAAAGCCUGACCCGCCUGGCUCUAUGCUUUGUUCCCUUGAGUCGCUCGAGGCGUUGAGGCAUCGCUUCGGGAUAUCCGAGAUGGUGGAGUUUGUCGUUCCAGAGAAAAGCGACCGAGCCGACAAGCCUCCAGAAAAUCACUUCACUCUGUACGAGGCAUUCUUCGAGCUUUGCUUUCUCUGGUUCCCGAUCCCUGGAGUGAUCCUCGAAUAUCUCUGGAAACACGGGAUCUCGAUUGGGCAAAUCAUGCCGAGAGGACUACGGCAUAUGAUUGGCAUCUUAGUUCGAAGCUUUGAAUGCGGGCUUGACAUCGAGCUGAACCACCUGCUGAACUUGUUGGAAAUCAGGAAAGCUCCGAAAGGAAAUAGAUUCUAUAUUUCCAACAAGGCGAAGCGACGGAUCAUAGGCGGUUUUCCCAGCAACGAUCAGUUUUGGACUGAACGCUUCUUCUACGUCUUGGUGAACGAGGCGUCGGUCGGCGAGGAUUAUGUUCAAAGAACCAAGACCGCUUGGGGACCACUUGGUCAAUUGGAGGAAGAGUUUCACCCUCGAGAGAGUAGAGAAAGGAAGAGGCGUGAAGAAGAGGUGGCCGCGAGACGAGCUGCCGAGGCGGCUCAAGCGCAGACCGAGGCGGUUCCAGCGCAAACCGUGGCCAUCCCUCAACCCGACCCGCCGAGCCGGGAAGGAGAUGAAAUGGUCCGAGCCGCAGAAGGCAACACUGCUGAGGCGGUCGAGAGAGAUGCAGUGCCCGAGGUGGAACCGGGCGAAAUUAUUCCCGAGGUGUCCGGGGAUGAUUCGGCGGUGCGGAGCAAAACUCCUUCGAACUCCGCCAUUUUAGCCCUCCCGAAGUCGACGAGGCCCCCGACUUCAGUUGUUCAGAAACAUGACCCGAGCCGGAAACAUUCGGCCGCUGACAAGGGGAAGGGCGUUGCUGUUCAGAAGGACGAGCUGUCUAAGAAGAGGCGGAAGCCGACGCCCGGGGACCCCGCCGCGCGCAAGUUGGUCGUUGACGACCCCGACGCCUCUGCCGUCAUGUUCUCGCGUGUAAAUAAUGCGAACACGCGUCUUCCUCCUCUGGAGAAGCUGAGGAGGCCGAGGUCGUACGGCGCGAUGGCACAGCGCGGUACCCAGUUUGUCGCGGCCAUUAACAACCUGAUGGCCGAGUACGAGGCGGACCUGUCUAAGGUCGAACGUCGCUUGGACGAGGCCCGAAAUGAGACCGCGGCGUCAAAGGCAAAGCUGGAAGAGGCUCAGAACGAAGCCGCGGCGGCAAAGGGGAAACUGGACGAGGCGGUGGCCAGGGCGUCCAUGCUGGAACAGGAGAAGAUCGUUCUGCGCGCCAAUAUUGACAAGGUCUCCGCCUCGGUCAUUCGUCUCGAGGUGGCGAUGCUGAAGAGGCGUAUCGAGGCCAAGGACGCCUUGUUCGAUGCCAAGGUCAAGCGGGCGAAAAAGGAGGCGAGGCGAGAGCUUACGGCGAAGUUUCAGGAACGCCUCGCCAAGGUGGAGGAGGGUUUGGCCAAGCUCGAGAAGGCAAAAAAUGACGAGAACGAUCUGGGGCAAAUCAAGGGCAACCUUGCGAUGAUUGCCGUCCUGAAGAAACCAGACGCCCCAACGCUCGAUGAUGAGGAGGCGCAGCUAAAGAGCUGGGAGAGCGAAUAUGCCGACGACGACUUGUAUGAACGUAUUGCCUCCGAGAUCCGAGGCGAGCUGGUUUUUUUGCCCGUAUCGCCGGACUCGGUCGACACAAGCCUUGGUAAUGAGCCGCUCGAAGAGACAGCGGCCAACUUAGGCGUCGUAGAUCCGAACGGAUCGAACGCGGGUACGCCGGUCCUCUCGAACCUCCUUGCCGAGCGUGAAACGCAGUCCGCGGCCUGA